AUGAAUGAGGAUAACCAUGAGUCCUCUUCCAGUGGGUGCGAUAAUCAAAUGUCAGCUUUGUGAGAAUGAAAAAAAACCAGAAAUGUUUUUAGCGAAUUGCUGGUCUCAGAAGCCGAUAAGCGACGUCGAGUGACUCGGCUUGACACUGAAGUCCACGAACUCGGAUACGAUCCGUUUUCCUACUGCGGCCGAAGGGUCCAUGUGUUGGUAAGCGAUCACAGACCACGAAAACAAACAGAAGGGUCGCCAACAUAAAAAGAUUGUCUUUUUUCAGUUACUCACCAAGUUGAUUAGCAUACUCACGAUACCCUUCUACAUUGCCAUCAUCGUGUUCAUUUCGUUUUUCGGAAAUGCCACGUCAGUCAUGUUUUCUGUGAUAAUUCUCGGUGCGGUUUCUGAAAGUAAAGGGAAUGUUAAAAUUGCUGUGGUUUUUCAGGGUCUGUGGUUAUAUCAACAUGUUACGGAGCGUUCCGUGGUGCCAAAAUGUGUCUAAUCCCGUUUGUGAUAUUACAGGUAAGAUGCCGUGAAUUGGAUUACUGUAGUUUGUCGAUUUUCAGCUGGUGUUUCUGAUCUACGAUUUGAUACUAAUUGCGAUUCUACUGGCAGCUGUAGUGUUCCCAAGAAUGUUCCUAUCCGCCCUUCUGAGGUUACCACUGGAAGAUAUUCCGUUCGGAACCGAUCAAGGUACAGUAAUCCCAUUCCAUUCAUCCAUCCACAAUCCCAAUAGUUUCAGUGCUCCUCGGCUGCAGUCUCCUGUUAGCACUGCUCCUUGCUCCGCUAGUUUGGACCACCCACGUAGUUUACAUAGACUUUUUGUUCAUCUCACAAGUCGACGAGACGUUGCACAUGUUGAAGGAGGUAAACGCGUACUCGACCGGCUCACAGCUUCACACGCUCACUCGCAUUUCAGGCCAAUCAAAAAAUUUCGCAAGAUGACGUGUCGCCUAACCGUAUGCUGUUUUAG